AUGAAUGAAACACAGAGUGUUGAUCCACAAUUAGAAGAUUUCAUUUUGACAGAAACGCAAAAACAACGCUUUCAGGUACUAGUACACGGACUCACUGACACAUGUUGGGACUCAUGCAUGGGAAAACCUUCAAUUCGCUUGGACUCUAAGACUGAAGUAUGCAUUAUGAACUGUGUUGAGCGAUUUAUAGAUGCCACAACAUUUAUUACUAAACGACUUAUGAAUACAACCAAGUAUCGAUCUGAAACUCCUCUUGAAUUCCAA